CCACAAAUGCAAUCGAAGAGCUGGUCCAUCUCUAUGAAACAGCUGUUUUCAUUGUUGACAAAAAAAAAAAAAAUUGUAAUUAAACUUGCGAAAAAUGUUGACUUCUAUGGUUAAAGAGCAUCACAAGGAGCAGGUGAAGCGGAAACAGGAGCAAGAGGUGCGAAGAAAGGAGGCAAUCGAGGCGUCCAAUGAGCUCACACACUCCUUGGUGGAACACCUAAACGUGGGCGUGGCCCAAACUUACUUGAAUCAAAAGCGUUUGGAUGCCGAGGCGAAACAGCUGCAUGUGGGAGCGACCAACUUUGCCAAACAGACACAUCAAUGGCUGCAGCUGAUAGACAACUUCAGCGGCGCCUUGAAAGAGCUGGGCGAUGUGGAGAAUUGGGCACGCAGCAUAGAGAGCGACAUGAUGGUAAUACAGCAGACUCUGGAGGUGGCGUACAAGGCCUCGCGCGCAUCCCAGGCAACAGGAGCUACUGCCGGAGUCGGCUCGGAGCCCUCCACGUCAGCGGCCGCUGCCACCGCCACAGCAGCUAUUAAUCCAAGUUCAAAAGAAACAUGAAAACUUUUUUAAAACCCUUAUUCAUUUAUUUGUUUGCAUCUUUAUGUACAAUACACAGUCCAGAACAGUGUAGACUCUUUACAAUCACAAACUAAAGAUUAGUGAGUUAGUUAGCGCAUGCAGUGCCCUCAGCAUCGACCAGCGAUUACUUGGGGACAAACGCUAUGGAUAAAAUGACUGGCUGGUUAAUCCAACCAAUAGACCUUCUAUAAA